AUGUCUCGAAACAAUAAUAAAGAACUCGAAGAUAAAAUCGACCUGGCCUUGCGGGCGAUGCGCAAAGACUCAAAGCCUAAUAUCUCGAAAUAUGCGCGUGACUUCGCGGUCCCUUACGCCAAACUACGCGCGCGCUUCAACGGGCGUAAAUCGCUAUUUGAGCUCAGUUCAACACAAAAUACGGCUCUUUGCAAAUGGAUUGACUCUAAUUAUCGAGAAGGGUCACCCCUGACACGACAAGAAGCUCUAAAAGCUGCAACGGCUAUGUUACGGCUAUCAAAUCCAUCUUCCCCACCCUUGGAUAGCAGGUGGUUUGGUCACUGGCUUCGACGUCAUCCUAAUUAUGCGACUCGUUGUCUAUCAGAUGGUCGCCGGCUUACGUUGUCAACCUCUGAGCGUCUAUCGCCUUCUCCAAGUCCCAGUUUAAGCGAAAGUUCAGAAGUACUAGGCGUCAUCAAUUUGCUAACUCGGCUUGAAUGUGAGAUGGCACGAGUUCGCGGAGAAGACAUUCUUUCAGCGCAAAAUUCUGCAUCAGAAGAUGAAUAUGGGGAUGAUGACUUAGUGAUCACUCGUUAUCCGCCGGGAUUAUUCUCUUCAUCACUAAUCAAUACAUUUGAACAAAGGUGGGAAAACUUGAAUGCAUUAGAUGUUUCGGAUUCGGAGGAUUCGAGUGAUUCAGAGACCUUGGAGGAUGAUGAAACAUUAUUAAGUCGUUAUCCGCCGGGAUUAUUCUCUUUAUCACUCAUCAAGACGUUUGAGCAAAGGUGGCAGGAUAUAAAGCAUUAG